AGCACUGUCACAUUUCAAUAGAAUUCAACUAUUAAAUAACUUUUCUUGUUAGGAGGUUGGGGUGCUAGAAAACUAUACAUGGUGUCUCCUGAGGACAGUGGAUAUACUGGGCUAAUGCUGAAGACGGCAAGUGUAGGCGGAAAGGGUGUCCUAUAUAUUGCUCCAAUACAGGAGGAACUAAACACUCAACCACUGCCUCCUGACUCCACGUCCUUUUCCAGUAUGCCAAAGGCAAUGUGCCACUCCUGUCACACCAGCUAUCCAUUACAGAUCCUACCGCUGCAUGUUGAAACAUGCAAGAUUUCAGAUACUUCUCCACAGGAGAUUAGUGAUGAAGACCCGGAUUACAGGCACCCCAAACCAGAUAUGGAAGACUUUGAGACUGUGUGCCCAAUCUGUGGCCAGAAUUUUCCUCCCAAUGAGCUGGAGGCACAUGCAAGCCAGUGUGGAGAGAGCAAAGCUGACUUCAUUCCUUCAACCUCAAAACACAAGAUGAGCAUUUCUAGUGCUGUUGUUCUUCAUGCCAUACUUCGGCUGCUGCCCCUUCUCUCCCAGCUACAUGAAGGUCUGAAACUUUAUGGUCUCGCUGAUCUUAUGAGCCAAUACUCAAACAUCUGUCAACCACUCUUUGUCCCUGGUGUGGAGGUGAAGGCUGAUGCUGACUUCGUCUUUGCGGUGUGCCAUCCUGAGUUCAGUGAGAAGGGCUCCAACCAAGAACAGGUGGAAGUGAGCGUUAUGAACCAUCUACAGGACUUCUUGCAGGAGCUGGAAGCAUGUGAACAUCCAGAGGUGGGUGACUAUCCAGGUCACCUGUCCCCCAGUACAUUUCUCCAGUGGCUCACAGGACAGGGCCACAUUCCUGUCUUACCAGAAGAGAAGAUAAACUUCAGAGUCUGUGUGCAGUUCAAUCACACCUGUAACAUCCAGUAUGGUGUACAUACUGUUUGCUACCCAACAGUCGCCGCAUGCAGUAAUACAAUCCGCCUGCCUGUUAAGCAUAUGCAAACUUAUACUGAGUUCAAACAAGUGGUGAUAGAGGCCUUCCAUCUAGGGCAGGCAUUUCAUCAGGUAUAG